CCCGCCGUUGUGUCUCCGUUCCCUGCUCUCUUUCCACUGUCUGUGCUCUCUCUUUUCUUAAGCCUGCCUUGAUGACUUCAGCCAAGGCUAUUCAAAUUGCAAAGGAAAUUGACAGUGCCCGCUGCAAAGGCAACUGGAAUGCUCUUCCUGAAUUAGCAAGACGUUAUAAGAAGCACAAUCCUGAUGGCACCGUUUUGGAACAGACAAUAUUGGCCGAACACGCUUUGACACAGGUGCUAGAAAAGAUCAAAGAGCCUUUCGACCUUUAUAACAACGACGGCCCAGAGCACCUUGCCUUUCCUCCAACUGUUGAUAGAAGCAGCGUCAACUAUGCCCGCGAACAACUCGUUAGAGCCUCGCAGUCUAAAAACGGAUCCGAAUCAUCUCAGAGCAAUUUUGCCGCCGUGAUUUUAGCAAGAACGCUACAUGAGAUUGGCGACUACUCGAAGGCUUUAAAUACGCUGAAGCAAGUCGCUUUUAGGCCGGAAGAUGUUGAAUCUGGUUAUGCGCUGGUCUUACUUGUCCAAGCUCGCACUAUUAAAGGCCUCUGCUUAGAGCGGUCCGAUGAUGUUGAAGGAGCAUUGCAAGCUUAUGAGAGUAUUCUGCCUAUCAUCCAACAACAUCCAGCAGAACGCGGUAACGAGCUGGCACACUGGGUCGAAACCUCAUUGUAUCGUGGGUCAUUAUUGAAACUAGGCCACCACAAAGACGAUGUGGCGGGUACUCUUGGUCUUUUCCGCGAAUACUAUAGACAGUCUGCUUCAUGGAGCCCUAUGUGGCGCAUUAGGAAACGCCUAGUCAUCCUAAGAUACUUUACAAGAUACCUUUCUUCUGUAUACGUCCAGGGGAAGUAUAUCCCGUCUUCAAUUGUCACUGUAGAAGUUAACAGUGUCUCACACAUCAGUAACUACCAAACGCCUUCGCUCUUCUUCAUUGAAAUAGCACAACUUCAUAAAUCAUAUGAAGAUAAGCUAUAUGCUGUAACAGCUUUCCCAAAAGCCGGACAGUCCAAUGGUCAAGUCAUCGAGUUUGUCAACCAGUUGGUCCAUGAUCUAAACUUAAUGGGUGAUGCUGUUACCUCCACUGAGCUUCGUGGCCUUGUGGAAACCUUGUAUAGAGCGAUUCAAAAGACUUUCAACUCACCCGUCAUUGUUCGACACCUCUUUAUCGCGUUGGUUCGACUUGGAGAAUACGAUGAAGCCAAGCAUGCACUUCAAUCGUACCUGCGGUUGAUUGGUCUCAGCACACAAGCACAAGAUGAAUCCCGGCGUAACGGAGAAGCGCUUGUUACCUACGCAGAUGGAAGAGCUAUGCCCGUCCCUAUCAUAGCGGACACACAUGUGGGAGAGAUCCUGGACGAAAUGUUGGGUACAUCUGGUGUUGAAAACGAAGCACUGCAAUUCAAUUCCGAUCGGGCCAAGGACGAGAAGACGAUUGCUUCCAAGCACAAGGGUGAACAAGAAAAUGACUUGGAUAUCCUUCUAUGCUUGAUUGAAGCGGUUCGAAUGUUCUGUAAAGAACUGGAUCAAGGUGUUGAAGCCGUUGAAGUUGCAGAGCUACUCCACAAAGUGUUGAAACGUUCCACGACCGUUACUGUCGUAUCACACCCUGCUAUCUGUGCUCAAGUAUCUCGCAUGGUGGGCACUUCGUAUUGCCUACUGGCUAGUCAGACUCACGACCCUGAAGUGCGUCCAAAAUAUCAUGAUACAGCGCUGUUCCACUUGAACCAUUCCAUUGAAAUUGAUCCCACAGCUUGGGAAACACACUAUCAACUUGCUCUUCAACAAGCUGAAGUUCGCGAUAUCAGCCAUGCCAUCGCCAGUGUCUCUCAGGCACUGCGAAUCAAUUCCACUUAUACACCUUCGUGGCACUUGCUGACACUGCUUUCAUCUUGUCCUUCAGCCGGUAAUUUGCAGCAAGCUAUCCAGUCUUUCGAGCUCGGCAUGAGGGAAACAGACAUUGAACGUGAGCAAAAUGGAAAUGGUGAUGCUGCAAACAGCAUUUCUCCACGAAAUUAUUUUACUCACGAAGAGGGUGAGCAAAUGCUGGCGUUCCAAACGACUGGUGCAGUUCUGCAGGCUGCAGCUGGUCAUAUCGAAGUAGCCCUUGAGAGUCACGAAAGUCUUUUUGCCCUUUACGGCAAGGUCUCUACCAUUGACCCUGCCGUUGCAGCGUACAAUGAUUAUAGCGACUUUUCAUCGAGAAGAACCAAUGGAAUGACUGGCUCCAUCAGCGCCAUGUCAGACCUCCCACGUACUCGUCGAAGAAGUGCAAGUAGCGGUGCAUUGGGAGUCCCUCGUGCUGCUUCCUCCAUCAAUGUUUCACGAUCACAAGACGACGUCAAUGUUCGGGGAGGACUUUCCUUGUCCUCUUCAUCUAUUUCCACUAACCCAAGUGGCUCGGAUGUUCGACGCAAUGGUACCUCCUCCACCUUGAAUGUACCUACUACGUUGAGCGAAGGAGAAAACGAAAAACAUCUCACGGAUGGUGAAGUUCAGCGAAGCAAGAGCUCUCAUCGCCGUCAUCUUCACGUGUUUGGCAGUCGGGGCAAAAAAUCAAAGAAGCCAGAGAACAACUAUUUGAAUAGUAGCAAAGAAGGAACCUUGACAAACGAUAGUUCCGUUGGAGUCAACGGCGUCAAAUCAAGCGAACAUUUAACGGCUGACUACCGUUCGAUCCAUAGCCCUACGCCAUCCAUUGGCACUAAAACUAGCAUUCGGUCCAUUUUCCAACCGACUGAACCUGUCCUCCAUGCUACUACCCGAACAAAGCUUCGAUACCAGCGGUCGACUCAUGCACUUUCUAAUCUGUGGUUACUCUCUGCUCUUGCCUUUAUCAAACUUGAUAAACUAGAGGAAGCGCGGAAAGCCAUUGAAGAAGCGGAAGGAAAUGAUCCAUCCAAUAACCCUCUAGUCUGGGUUGUGCUUGGUCGGUUGCGAAUGGCCCAGAACCGAACCGAAGAUGCCAUUGCUGCUUUCCAAAAAGCUCUCGUUGUCAACCCUUAUGAUGCUGGUGGCCGACUCUGGCUUGCUCGCAUUUAUUUUGAUUCUGGAGAGUAUGAAGCUGCUGAAGGGCUAUUGGAUCGUCUGACCAAGGGCAAUGGAUGGGAUAGUGCUGAAGCUUGGUAUUAUCUGGGUGAAUUAAAUCACAAGAUGGAUCGGUUCCCCAGGGCUAAAGAAUGCCUAUGGUACGCACUAGAGCUUGAGAAUACGAAACCUAUACUACCCUUCAGCGUACUUCCAAGAUGCAUUUAAAUAACAAAUGCCGCCUUUACAUACAAUCAUAGCAUAACCCAACUUAACUCAAUCCCCAUCUUACCAAAGAAAUUAAUGCUGUUGUUUUAUUAUAAGUAUACUGUGCCGCAAAUUUAAAGCCCCCAUCUUGGCCAAAUCUCAGAGUGUAUGCUUUUUGUACUGUAGAGACCUAAAUAAAUUGUUUACAAGUAUGACGAUAUAGCAGCUUGAGAUGAUCAGCAGUGUGACUAUGUUACAUUGAUGAGUCGAACCCCCCAUUCAUUCCAUAACUUCAUCCUGGUUAUCUAAAAAUUGGAGUUUGGUCAUUUCAUUGAAGGCAGCCGAGAACAGCGGACGUAUUUCGUUGAGCUCCAUCCGAGACAUAUUGUGCAGCUUUAGAAAACAUAGAACGUCAGUCGGUAAUAAAG